GGCUUAAGGGCGCCGAGUCGCGUCACGGUGAGGUUGGCCCGGUUGCAGGUCGACGCCGACGUCGCCGUCGCGGUGCCUGAACGGGUGCGAGAGCUGGCCAGCCGCCCCGAGCGAGUGAUGCGGCGCGAUCGAUCGCGGGCGUAGCGAUUCGCCUAGAAUUUGCGCGCGAUGUGAUAUCCGCGAAGGUGACCGAGUUGGCAAGCGAGCGAGCGAGCGAGUGAGCUAGCGAGAGCGACUGCCAGGAGGGCGAGAGGCAGAGCGAACGCGAGGAGGACCGAGCGAGAGGGAGAGAGACGCCGAGGGAGUAGGUGCACAGCGCUCGACGAUGUCCCCGACGUCGGCGACGUCGCUGCACGGUUCGUCCUCGGCGACGCGGUGGAGCACCCUCCGGGUCGUCUGCGCCCUCCUCGGCUCCUGGUGGAUGCUCGGCGACCCUGUCGUCGGGGUGCCCGAUCCGCCCGACUCGUCCGAUCUUCAAGGCCGGGGUGGGAAGAAAUUCGGCGACGAGUGCAAGGACGACCGGGAAUGCGGCUUCGAGGGCUCCUUCUGCGAGCCAAGGAAAAGGAAAUGUUACUGUAGAGAGGAAUUAUCGGCGACCAAUCACCUGGAUAAGUGUGGACAACCUGCUAACGUAAACGAGUCAUGCUUCUUUAGCGAGCAAUGCGAGGCAAAGGUGUCGCAAACGGAAUGCCGCGACGGUCGCUGCAUCUGUAUCUUCGAGAAGAUCCCGGUCGUGCAAGCGGACGGUGCGGUGGAAUGCCUCGCCGAAGCCAAAGAGACGCCGAACUUGCAAUACGUCGACCCGGCCAUGAUUGGAGUCCUCGUGGGCAUGGCCCUCAUGUUCAUCAUCAUUUGCGUAGUCUUGAGACUGUUCAGCAAAGCGCGCUGGCGCGAGAAUCGCACGAUCUUCAACACGCCGAACGCGCGGCUGAUGAACGUCUCGCUGCUGAAGGACAGCAAGCUGCUGCACGGUCAGGAGCGACGCAGCUCCAGGGCGAGCGUGCGGGGCCCCUCGCGGCAGCCCUCUAUGGCCUCCCUGAGGGCGCACUCGCCCUCCGCCUCGCAAGGUGCGAAACACUCCCAGCGAGUGAGCCGGUCUCGCACAGGAUCUCGCCGUGGAAGUCGCGGUAGCAGUGGAAACGCAUCGGCGGUAUCGGCGAGGUCCAACAACAAAUCUCCCCCAGGACAGGCAAACAACGUGGCCGACCCGGUUCUCGAGAACGUCACCGUGGAGUACCUCGAGGCCAAAGCGUAAGAAAAGGACAAGAUCAUCCCGCAGGACCAUCUGGGGCCCGAUCCAGGCUUCCCAGAUCCCUGAGGAGGUCGCCACCCGAAGGCGAAGAAAGGCGACGAAUCGCUCGAUCCGAUCAGGCUUGAAAAAUCUUUCGCGACUCAUUGAUGCACAAACUCCGCCACUCCAUGCUCGUAGGGUCUUUACUUUCCUAAGGGACGACUCUCUGGCAGCACCGAAAUUCAGAAAUCCAGAAAUCCGGAGGACAAAGGAGGAGAGGAGGAACGAAGCGCAGCAAUUACGCUGUCCCGUGGGAAUUGCGCCGGUCGUUUUAUCAUUUUCCCCGACAUCUUAACUAAUAAUUUCGAAAGAUACCAAAUACCUUUUCGACGUCGUCUUUUGAGAGAGGCGCGACUCCUGGGGUCAGAGUUUGUCAGCCGACAGGAUGCUCUUCGAAGCUAGUUGCAGACCACUAGGGCGAACGCCUCGUUUCACCCGGUCCUGGAAAAGAAAAACGCGAGAUUAGAUCGAAUUAAACCGCUCGAGAAUUGGCUCGAUUAAGUUAUAAUUAAACCAAGGCUGGGGCAAUUUUCUCGAAAUUCGAAGAGUGAUGGAGGCGAAGAGGAUUCUCUCGUUCCUGGGAGGAAGUGACCCUAAAGCCAAAAGCGAUCCGUCGUGGAGUCAAGAGUAUUUAAGAAGCUUAAAAAUGAAGCUAGGACAAUUGUCAGUCUUGAAAGGAUUAAUUAAUCGAUUAUCACUUGGGGAUGGUUCUUUUUCAUAUUAACAUUUCCUUUUCUCUCUUGUACUUCCGAUUCCACGACAGAUUGGAAGGUCUACGGAUACGCAGGGACGGAGUUUACCUCCGGUUAACCAGAAGCAACACGAGAGGGACCAGACGAAAGUGUUUUGAAGUAUAACAUCCUGGAAGUAUAAUAUCCACGUACCUAUACAUACGCAGUACAUACCGAGUACUCGAGGUACUCCGAUACGUACCACGCGCUGGCCGUGGGGGCCGAAUCAAAAUACGAUACUUCGAAAUCUCGUUAGUAAUGGAGUUUAUAUCUCGUGACACUCGCCUAACAUAAGGUUGCACGUUAGAUCGAGAGGGUUAUGAAAUAAGUCCGAGCUAGUUUCUACAAAAGUCAUUCUGGCCACGACUUUUCGCUUCGGCUCCGCUGGCUUUUGCACUGAAGAAGAUCCGCUAACGACAUUAUUCCGAAAAAAGCCACGUAGCGUUGAUCUCUUUAGCUGCUCGAACAAGUAAACACUUUAACGACACAUGUCCGAAGUAUAAAUUCGUCUGGAAUCAAAUUGGCAGCUGAGUUUUGCACGAUGCAAGAAUCUCACUCCGUUCGCACGCGAAAAGAGGUACCCGAAGAAAACCCUCGGGAUUUAAUCAAGAACUCGAAAAUCUCGUUAAUAAAUGGGCUUCGUCUCGUUGAACUCGCCUAAAAUAAUAUUGCACGCUAUAGACCGAAAGGCGUAUAAGUCUCCUUAGUCACGACUUUCCGCCUCGGCUCCGUUGGCUUUUCCGCAAAAAGUUCAACACGUCAAAUCCAGCACGAUCCGGUUUUAAAUUCUGUAUAAAUAUACGGUUAGGAUAACGCGGAAUUAUUUGACAAUCUAAAUUUUGUACAGCUUAACGUUAUUCCAAGAAGUAUCGGAAUUUACUCGCAGGAGGAACAAAAUCCCGAUAAAAAUCCUCGGGGCCGAAGGACACGUCGUGGCUGUACAACUACAUCGUACAAGUACAUGGUACAGGUACAUCGUAUAGGUACUCGCGCCUGUAAUUACACCACAAUCAACGACAUUAAAAGUAACCUUGCCGACCGUGCGAAUCUUCGGCGCGAGAAGCAACAAUGCAUUCGCCUUGAUAUCUUUUCCAUUGACGACUACUUAAGGACGUGCCUGUAAUAUCGUAAAAAAAAAAAAAGAAAAAGAAGAAGAAGGAAACGUCAGGUUGCGUUUCGAGAGAGCGUUACAUCGACAAUGCGAUAAUUUAGUAAUUACAGUCACGGUCGACGCCUCUCACCUGUUCGCAAGUGAAUCGCGAAUCGCGGAUAGCAACGGUACAUAUACGCAUUAAAUACCUUAGCUUUAACGAUAUUAAUAUUAAUCUUAACGUUAAUCCGAAUCUCUACGAUAAUUGAACAUACAAAUAACAAGUGACAGUCCACCAAUUGCAUCUCAGUAACGUAGUGCCUACUCAAUCAAGGUAUAUAAAUAUUCUGACGCACUGCGCCAAAGAUUCCGCGCGCCCUGAAGUUAAAUAUCCUAAUCGAACUUAAUGGGGUGCUAGCCGUACUAGGACGGUUCUAAAUGAUAAAAAAUGCGAAUCCCGGGUUGCGAGUUCCCGGCCCAAAUGCGCCAAUAUUCGCCACGUGGUCGCUUUCGCAGUUACCGGUCUAUGUUUGCGAAUACACCGGAAGGGGAUCGAAUCAUCAGGUACCCAUUAUCGAAAAAUAUUGGGCUUAAUUGAUUGAUAUUUGAAGGGAAAUCCUCAUUGGGCACUUCGUCCUCGAUCCAUCUCUUCCGAUUCAAAUUCACCUGCUCGGGUCAUUUAGUUUUGCUGGGUCGCUUUACAAUGGGUUGAUUUAGGGUUCCCCACGCGACACUUGUAAAUUGGUCCGUACAAAAGGAGUCCGUUUUCUUAUCGGGACCACUCAGAAGCACGCGAUACUUCUUCUCCCCCGAUUAGUGACAAGCAAACUUGGUCUAGGUCUUUGAUUUGCAUUUUUUGUGAGGCCAAGUCUCGACCGAGCAACCCUAAGGCCAAGACCAUGGUAGUCUUGUUCUUGGUUUUGAUCCUGCAUUUGCUUAUCACUAAGAGAUAGCAAUGAACGAUAUCAGGUUUGGUUCUAUAGUCUUGGUUUCGGUCUUGCAAAAAGACAUCUGGAAGCUAAUCGUAGUCUCGAUCUUGCAUUCACUUAUUGCACUGGAAUUGCUUAUCACUACCCCUAACUACUAGAAUCGGAUCUAAGCCAUUCUAGGAUCAAUGAUUAAAUUUCGCAGACCUUGACAUCCAUUGGUCAAAAUUUCUUCAAGGGCCUCUCUUAACAAUCCUCUGCCGAAGACGCCCAUAGUUUAACCCGCCUCCGCACAUCGAAAGUUGAGGUUCAUUCGAACUUUCGUGAUCCUAAUUUAAAUCUAUUAAAUUGUCCAGAGAGUUAUCGCGGUUCUUGCCGCUUAAUUGAACGUUAAAAGCCGCAAUAACUUUCUGGACAACCUAAUACGACCAGCGGAAGAGAUAGUAACGAGGAAGAGGUCCCAACAUGUCCCCUUCCGUAAUCUCCAAACUGGCUGUAUCUGUUCGAUUAGCUUAGAUAGAGAAAUUCUAAAUUUCCAGUGCCAGAUCCAAACGUGUACAACGCAAGGCGAGGCGAAACGAAUGUCUCAUUCACGGCUGUUUUUUGUUCGCGAAUAAAAUAAUUCGAGGCAACAAGCAGACAUCUUGUCGGAUGGCAUUCGUACGCUCUCAGGUCGUGCAGCGAACAAUCCGAGGCGGUUUGCUGCAUUUUGAUUGUACGUCCAAACUUGUAUGUUCGUCUUGCCUCGUACAUGCUCAGGUUCAGCCGCGUACUCAGCUUUACCCAUAACGAACCGGUGAUUGCGAAGAGACCCUAGAAGUAUUUAGAGGGAUCCCUCCGUCUUUAUUUCAAUUCCGAGGAGUAUUCUGGGGACCAGGCCCAUCCUCCGAGGGAACUGCUCCCCAGCAUGUGAGUGGGUUUUGGCCCCGCCACAUUACGGUAUACAUAAAUCUAUACAUAUAUUAUAAAAAAAAAGAUGCAUCAGACAAAGAUAUAUAAAAUACAUAAAGCGCACGAUGCGACUUCGCUAACUCUUAAAGUACGACCAUCGGAAAAGCUUACCGCUACAAAGAACAGGCCGGCUGCGACGAGGAGUUUUAGGGACUGUGCUACUCUGUGAUUACGAACAUAUUACUACUGUUUUAUCACCGUAGUGACGGUAAUUUUCUAGAUGUGGGAAUCGCGAUCCCCAGGGAUCUCCGUUCCGAAUAGGUCCGCCAAUUUCCGGCGCCAAAGGGAUCCACGGAUCCUGACUUAGUGUACCUUUUCCUUUUCAGCGCAAAGAUCGAUGAGAUAAGUCGAGAGGAAAAAUCGAAAAGAAGAAAAAAAAUAAAAUAAAAGUGAGACGUUUCGAAGCGCAUGUCCGCCGAGGGCAUUAAUCUCUAGGAGGAGCGACUUCGGUAGAGUUAGGGAUAGCUCCGGUCGGGUGAUAACGAUAACUCGACCACGAGGUAAGGGCCUUAGGCCCGAUCGAGGCGAUGGAUCCAUUUCCGGCGAUCCGAGAGAUCGGCGUAAUUCUGAACGGGAAUUAGGGGAAGGUUUCCGAUUCAGGAUUAGGUCUCGAGUCCGGCGAUCGACGAUUGGCUCUUAUCGGUAAUUAAUCUUAGAGGGUGCGCGAGGUUUACAUUAGCCGACUAAGAAGUAAGGUCGAUUUUCGAGAGGAACCGGGCAUCGAUCUCGAAAAGCCGGGGUGAAUUCGUAGGUUUAGCCGAUCGAGGAGUGGCCACUUCUAAAUUGGCCGUUCUCCACUUUGGUAACGAAUCGAAUCGGUCGAGUUGCAUUUUCCAUGCUUUCCGAAAUGUCGCGUCCAAGUGCCGCGUAAUUUGAGAUUUAUCAGCCCUUUAGUCUCUCUCGCGAUAUUUUCUACGUCCAUUAGGUAUCGAGAAGCACGAGUCGCGAGCGAGGCCCUGGUCGAGUUCGCGCCUCCGAGAGUACUUGGCGCGGAACUCUGCCGAGUAUCUCGCCCCAAGUGACGGGCGCUGACGAGAGUCGUCGGUAAAUUACGGACCGAGCUGUACAAUCUACCUUUAUAUCGAUCUCUAUCGGGGAUAAACAUCGUUUGGAUUAUUCCACGGUUCUGUAGAGCAGGCACGCUGCACGUUCUCGCCAAAAUCGGCGUGAAAUGAGAUAUAAACGGCGGAACGAACUUCGACCAGUCGAUGCGCGCUUUUCUAUCGGCUCGGCGUCCGUUUGUACAUAAAGGACAUUCUCCGUGCCAUUGACAAAUCAGUCGAGUUGCACUAAGCACGCUUUUAGGCAAGGUUGGAGCGUCGAGUAGCCGGGGACCGCUUCGCUACUUCGACUUAACCAUUAGAAAUAAACUACAGCUAGUCACUAAAUUAGGCUUCGCACGGAUUAGCGCAUCGGAUAUUCGCGGAUAAUCGCGGAUACCAUCCGGCUCCAUCGCGAGGAUCAUUUACUCGCCUCCAACGACGGCUUUGUAUUCGACUAUCGGUGACUUUGCGCGCAGUCCAUUUUAUAUCGAACUUUUUAUACGUCGCCUCGAGACGAAGACGGAUUAUCGCGGGCGGGAUACGUGGUUAAUUAGGGAAAGUAAAAGUCGGAAAAAAAAAUAAAUAAGAAAAAAAAAAAGAAAAUAUAUGAAAUCAGGGAAGAAAGAGCCGAGUCGACGAUCGGCUUCCCAGCUUCGGGGAAGGGACUGGGUGGUCGUCGUCGACAAGGGGAUUUCCCAGGGCGCGUCGAAUCGCCGCGAUUUGUCGCGAGAACUCGCGCAUCGUUCAAAUCUCGAUUUGAGGUAGAGACCCACAUUCGGCUCGCGUAGAAAAGACUUUUCUCCUGCACGAGAAUUAGGGGGCAAUCGCUGAGCACAAAAAUUAGACCACUUUUAGCGUCCCCUCCACGGCGAAUCUCAUGCCAAAGUGGAGUGUCUCGACGCAGGGUCGAGAAAAUCCGCAUCCAACCUGGGUAGAAGAGACUUUUCUAACGCAUCGAAGCGACCCGUCGAUUCUAGACAAUUAGUGCCCUAAUUGGAUCCAUUUUCCGCGUCUCCGGCGAGUCGCGGGCGGAAAUUGGGCGCGCCGCUAUCGGGACGAGGAGGCUCGCAUCCGGCUUGGCUAGAAGAGACUUUUCUAACGCACCAGAGCGAUCCGCCAACUAGAAGAUAAUACUCGCAGCUAGUUAGAUCAUUUUCCGGGGAUUUUCUCGCGGUACUCCUCGACGCACACUUUUCUAGACGAGACUUAGCGGGCCGAUCGACAUACGUUCUUCGUAGACGCGCGGUUAGAACGAGCAUUGAUUACGAGACGGUGAUAUGAUUAGAGAAUACCGCGAUAACGCCAUUCCACGUGCGGUUCCGCAGGGAGAGAUCUCAGACGUGUCGCGUUUGUUAAUCCGAAAUUGCUGAAAUUUCUUUUCCUCUUUUUAUUCCCGUUAAAGACCUUGUAGAAAAGCCGCAAUUUCUCUGGCCAGCGACGUCUUCGAAGUUGCGCGCUUGUCCUAAAAUCGACGCCUAAUGUCGCACAAGCAAUCCGUGUUCAGGAACGACCAGAGCACGGUUCGAUUGGAGGACACUCUACGAGCAGAAAUCUAACGCCGAGGACACUCGCACAUUUCUAUCGCACUAGGGAUUAUUAUUGAUAAUCACGAGAAUUCAGCUUUCCGAGGUUUCAUUGACAUUUCUACGGCGACCCGCGAGUCCUAUUUGCUAGGGACGCGCGUGUCGCUCGUGUGCAGAAUAUUCACUUAUGAAAUCGAAUCGGAGGUUUCGCACAGGUUUCUUCGAUAACGAGGGAAUCGAAAACGAGCCUCUCGCGAUUUGUUUCAAUUAGAAAAAGAUUUUCUAGGCGGAACACGAAAGGGACAGGCGCCGUGCGAAGCGGCCUCUGCGGAAGUGAUUUGGAUUUGGCAAGACGGAUAGGGAUGUUAUUGAGAUAGUUUUGCGAUGAUAACACGCCAGGGAGAGUACGGAGGAAUUUUGGUAGCCGAGAGCUAGCGUGUAGGAAUUCGAGCGGAACGGGUGAUAACGCGAAUCCACCUUUUUUCAGUCUUAGUAUUUUAUAAUACGACGUAUAUGCGGUGACAAGUACUGUCGAAUUACCUUUUAUUAUAAAGUACUACCUAUAUCCUAUCAGCUUAGCCUAUAUCGUAGUCUUUAUAUUAUACAUUUCGUAUAUAGCUUAUGGGAGAUAAUGAAUUACCUGUAUCCAUUGUACUUACUAACUUAAUACAAUUAUGACUCUUUCAAUUCAUUUUAAUAAAAUCGUCAUACACGGA